CAUAUUGGCCCCGCAAGAACAAGAAAAACUUGGACUCAGGAAAAUCCACCAAGCCUUUAUAAACUUCCAUUUUCCAUGUAGGAAAAACCACCUGUUGAUCAUCAAGAUUGGUUCCUUCAUUAUUUAUUUUUCUUUGUGCGUGUGUUUUUUGCCCAUCAAAAUCUCCUCUUUUUGUGUUUUUUGCUCUCUUUUUAAUGAAGAACAUCUGGCUUAAACUUUAAUAAGAGAGAGAAAGAGAGAGGUACUGACUACUUGUACCGUUGGCGGCUGACACCUAAGUUAGAGAGAGAGAAGAAGAAAAAUUCUGAGGAUUCACAACAGAUCUGGGGCCGUUAGUGAAGUUUGCUUCAUUUCGUUUGGGUCCCUGAACUGAGCAAGUUGUUUGUUCUUUGUGCAUGUGCUGGGGAAAAAAAAAAAAAUGGAAGCUUCAGGUGUGGGUUUGAAGUUGUGAGCUAUUUACUUGAGUUAUAACAAAGAUUUCAAGUUCUGUUUGUUGGAGGCUUUCUGCGAAUUUCGAUGGGGAUCUGCUUGAGCAAUCAGAUAAAGGCUGAGAGCCCUUUUCAUACUGGGACAGGUGUGAAUUCGUCUAAAAUGGUAAGCGGGGAUGGGACCGAGUUAAGUAAUUCAGUCAGCAAGGCAUCUUCUGCAUCUGUACCUCCAACCCCUCGAACUGAAGGUGAAAUAUUGCAGUCGUCCAACUUAAAGAGCUUUACUUUCAGCGAUCUUAAAGCGGCCACAAGAAACUUCCGUCCUGACAGUGUCUUAGGGGAAGGAGGUUUUGGUUCUGUUUUCAAAGGAUGGAUUGACGAAUCUUCACUGGCAGCAUCAAGACCUGGUUCUAGCAUGGUUGUAGCUGUUAAGAGGCUAAACCAAGAGGGCUGGCAGGGGCACAAGGAAUGGUUGGCUGAGAUCAACUAUCUAGGGCAGCUUCGUCAUCCUAAUCUUGUGAAAUUGAUUGGUUACUGCUUAGAGGAUGACCACAGACUUUUGGUAUACGAGUUUAUGCCAAAGGGUAGCAUGGAGAACCAUCUAUUCAGGAGAGGAUCUUACUUCCAGCCACUUUCCUGGAGCAUAAGGAUGAAAAUUGCACUUGGUGCUGCAAGGGGCCUUGCCUUUCUUCAUGGCGCUGAAACCCAAGUAAUAUACAGGGACUUCAAGACUUCUAAUAUCCUGCUUGAUUCGAACUACAACGCCAAACUAUCAGAUUUUGGGUUGGCCAGGGAUGGGCCAACUGGUGAUAAGAGUCAUGUCUCUACACGAGUCAUGGGAACUUAUGGAUAUGCUGCUCCAGAGUAUCUAUCCACAGGUCAUUUAACUGCCAAGAGCGAUGUAUACAGCUUUGGUGUUGUUCUCCUGGAGAUUUUAACUGGUAAGAAAGCAAUAGACAAGAAUCGCCCAACCGGCGAACAUAAUCUGAUUGAGUGGGCAAAACCCUACCUGACCAACAAACGUAGAAUAUUUCGUGUUCUGGAUGCCCGUCUUGAAGGACAGUACACAGUGGGUCGAGCUGUGAAGGCAGCCAACCUGGCUCUUCAAUGCCUAAGCAUGGAUGCCAGGUCAAGGCCAAACAUGGAUGAGGUGGUAAUAGCUCUGGAGCAGCUCCAGGAAUCGAAGGACACUACUUUGAAAAAUGAUCAAAAGGACCACCGGCUAAAUCGGCAUAGCCAAUCAAAUGGUGGACCUAAGUCCUGUAGAAGCAGUACUGAAGAAACUCAAGCGGCAUCGGCUUAUCCCAGACCUUCAGCCUCUCUUUAUGCAUAAACUAGUUGCGAACUUAUUGCCUAAUUGCGGGAGAAACACAUCUGUACUUCUAUAUUUCUGAAGCUUGUACAGUUUUUCCUCUUAAUAUUCUGUAAUGCAUGCAUUUGUAAACUAUAGAGUUAUUAACUGCUUCACAGUUGCCGAUUUUCGUGCUGUCUGGAAAAUGUUCCAAGAUAUUCGAGCUCUGUUUUGGUUAACUGGAAACUGUGACUUAGUCCAAAGAUCAAGAUUUUGAUGUUUUAUUUAUCUAAAGAAUUUAUGUUUGUGCG